AUGGAUGAGAAAGGCAUCUUCCUCAACAACAAACAGGCAAUGCGUCCUCCGCUCUCCGAUGCCACCAAUAGACUGAAUUACUGCCAACCCCCGGGAUCUGAACAGGAGGAACGCUACGAAGCAGAGCAGAACCGCCUUCCGACCCCGGAACCAAUGUCGAUUGUCACCAGCCCACAAUCCACCAAGGGAAAUGCAGACGUCGCUUGUUUCUCUCCCGUGGCCGACUCUCAGGCGGAGUCGAACCGCAACUCAGCCCUCUCCGCAGCCUCGAUCGUGUCGAGUAAAGGAAAGAGAAAAACCCACGUUGGACCAUGGCAGCUGGGGCGUACGCUGGGACGGGGUUCCACAGGGCGUGUGAGGCUUGCCAAACACGCACUGACUGGACAGACGGCCGCUAUCAAGAUCGUCUCGAAGAAGUCGGCCGCAAUUGCCCAGAGUGAAAGUAUCGCUGCGAUGGAUCGCAACAUCGGCCUUUUCAGCAACACAGGCACGCGGCCCAUGCCUUCUGGCAUUGAGCGCGAGGUAGUUAUCAUGAAGCUGAUUGAGCACCAGAACGUGAUCAGUCUGUAUGAUGUGUGGGAAAACAGGGGAGAAUUAUAUCUGGUGUUGGAAUACGUUGAGGGUGGUGAACUUUUCGACUACGUUUCGAACAAUGGGCCUCUCCCAGAGGAAGAAGCAGUUCGGUUAUUCCGUCAGAUCAUCGCUGGUCUGGGAUACUGCCACCGCUUCAAUAUCUGCCAUCGUGACCUGAAACCAGAGAACAUCCUGUUGGACGGUUGGCACAACGUCAAGCUCGCCGAUUUUGGAAUGGCCGCACUCCAACCGGAGGGCCAUUGGCUCAACACCUCCUGCGGAAGCCCCCAUUAUGCCGCGCCAGAAAUCAUUUACGGCCGGAAGUACCGCGGCGACAAGGCCGAUAUAUGGAGCUGUGGCAUCAUUCUCUAUGCUCUUCUGACCGGAUAUUUACCUUUCGACGGAGGUGAUCUCGCCAACACCCUGCGUCUGGUGAAAAAAGGGGAGUAUUAUAUGCCGCGGGAACUCAGCGACGAGGCUGCCGACCUCAUUGACCGAAUUCUGCAAAAAAGACCCGAAGACCGCAUUACUAUGCUCGAAAUGUGGUCACAUCCUCUGCUCAAGAAAUAUGAGAAGCUGCACCAAGCGAUGGCCAAUCACUAUAUAGGGCCUCCCCCACCGUUAUCGGCUCAAGACUGUGGCCCCCUGGUGACGAACCGACACGAUAUCGAUUUGGAUCUGUUGAGGAACCUCCAGACGCUGUGGCACGAUGUGAAGCCAGACGCGCUGAUCGAACGACUGUUGAAACCAGAACCAACCUACGAGCGCAUGUUCUAUAACGCAUUGGUCAAGUUCCGGAACGAGCAGCUCGAAAACUACCAAGGACAGCCUCUCGAGUACUCGGCUAGUGAUUACCACCAUAUCUCGAAAGGCCCACGACGCCGUGCGUCCAACCGCAAUAGCCACCGACCUCGCGUGGCCAAGAGAAGGGGCGGACUAUCUAGUGUGAAAGACAACGGAGAGGACCAAAAGUCAAUCAAGGAGGUAAAGGUCUCCUCCACGGAGGUCUGCGACCCAUUCCGCUCCCACCAGGACGAGGCCGUUGAGAAAGAUUCUCAAUUGGUUCAUGCAGCAAUCAUCAACAAGAAGCUCAAUGAAGAGGCGCAUGUUAAAACCAAGGCACCCCCAGAGCCCUAUGUGCAGGUGGAUGAAUUCGAGGACGACGAACCUCCUAGUUCUCCUUUUGCCAUCAUACGAAACAAGAAGUCGAAAUUGACCUCCAUCAAGUCUUUCCAAACACGGACAUCCCAUUCUAGUCUGCGACGUACCAUGAACGCUCCGCCGACGCCCAAGUCGUUCAGCUAUAAGCGAAAUGUCUGUUUCCAACAUGUCCGAAAUCGCUCACACAGCUCCUUGUCUAGCAAGCAAAAGAUGGCGUAUGCAUCUAUGAACAGCGUUAAGAAGCGACCAAGCCAGAGCAGUCUGGAUAUCGACUGCAAUGGCAAUCCCUUCGCAGAUAGAGAGAGCAGCCCUAUGCUCCCGGCCCAACCUACCGUUGUACGCGGCGCAGGAGUCACCAUCAAGAGCUGUUCCCAGCCGAGGAAAGUACGGGACUCCGACAUCAUCUGGAAAGAUGACGCGCGCAAGGUCUCGCACGAGCUUAGCCAGAUCUGUGAGCAAGCAUUCAAUGGGGGAUCCGCGUCGACGAACUGCACCGCCAGCACGUCCACGGCGUCGACGCCUCCAACAUCUGUCUCCAUCGCGUCACCAGAAUCUUCCCCGCGCAAGGCCACGGCCGGUACCCCAAAGAGACAAGCGACAUCGCCAUCGCCCACAUCACCUACAUCUUAUGGCGCUUCUCUGACUGAAACCCGCCAGAAGCUCAUCCAGCACUCGACGCAGGAUGGCUCUGACGAGAUUCCGCCCUAUCUCGUUACGGUCAUCACUCAUUUAGAUCGUUUGAUCGAACAGGACAAGCUACGACAGCGGGACAGGCGAGACCGGUCCUCUGGAAGCUCGUUCAUCAGACGAGGCUCUGAUGCCAAACCACUCCCUAUCAUUUCAGAAGAGCACAACCAGUCCACAGAUAGCGGCAAACAAGUCAACGACACGCACACCGGCUCUCAAGAUUCAUCUCACUCUACCACCGAUGCCCCGCCCAAUAGCCUUAGUCGCUAUCGCAAGAGAACCGUUCGGAUGGUCCCUCACAGCUCCCUGCAGUCCAUGGGCGAUGCCACACCUCUGGAAGUGUACAAGAAACACAAGGAAGCCACCGCCAACCGCACACAGCGAACGCAUGGCGGAUACAAGCUGAUGCCGUCGGAUGAGAAGGGCCCGACGAACGUCGACUCCCCCAACCUCCGUCUGUCCCGAAGACAGCCCUGCGAACUGGACCCGAUUGCAGAAGUUCCCGUGACACCAAAGCGCGCCAGUACGCGGGCCACAGAAACGAAGAAAUGGCCGUGGUUUAGAAAUAAGACGCAGAUGCCAACUGAGACUCCCAGCAAAAGCCCUGUGGACCAGAAGCCAGUCCAACCCGUCGCCACAACCAUUGCCGUGGACGAAGUCCACCCCUUGGCUGAGGACUGCAUGAGCAUGCCCCAUGAAACCGUCAAGAACAACAAGGAGGAUACCGAGAAGCCCAAGAUGGGCUUCUUCCGAAAGUUCAUGAAGAAGAAAGCCAACAAGUCUUCACCCGAGCCUCUCACAGGUGCGUCAUACGCAGCCCGCCCCAGCUCCUCUCUAUCUAACAAGGCUGCAGAAACGGAAACCGCAGAGCCCGAAUCUACACUCAUCCGUCAGAAGCCUGCAGAACGGCCGGUUGACCAGCAUAAGCCUCUCCCCGCGCGGCCACGGGCUGAAGGCAAGAGCCAGAACUGGUUCGCACGGGUAUUCCACUUCAAACCGGCGACGAGAGUGGUCGCGCUCAAUGCGUCGAAAAUGAAGGCCCGCAAGGAGGUGUACAAGAUCCUGCGCAAGUGGAAGCAAUACGGCUUGGAGGAGGUGUACCUGGACAAGGCCAACAGUAUUAUCCACGGCAAAGUGGGCGAGGUGAACUUCCUCCGUCUACGACCCGUCGAGUUCUCGGCGGAGUUCUACACCGUCCUCGAACACGGCCGUCAGGCGAAUAUCAGUCUGGUCCGUUUCCGCCAGGAGCGCGGCGCAGCCUCAUCUUUCCACAAGGUUGUGGACACUCUCUACAACGUGAUGAGGCAGCGCGCCCUGAUCGUCGAGGAUCCAUCCCGCGCCAGGAAGAUGACCCGGAUCCUGGAUGCAUUUCCUGACCCGUGA